AUGCCGUACAUGACAACAAUGAAGCCACAAGAGAAGCAGCUGAAAGAGGGGCUGGUGGCGCGAGGGGCUGCGCUGACGAACCUGGGCCGGGCUCGGGAGGCCCUCAGGGACUUUGAUGCUGCGUUGCACAUCGAUCCAGAAGAUGCCAAUGCCCUCAAGUACCGAGAGAUUGCACGGAAGCGUGGACGUGAGGAGCUGGUGGCUGCAGAGGAUGCAAAGCGUCGUCGGGCCAACACGCGGUGA